UUACUUUAUUAGAUAUACUUAAUAAUAUAGAAAUAACAUGCUCACAAAUAUUAAUCAAUGCGAAUCUAAUUUGUCUUGCAAACACUAUUUGACAAAUAAAAAGAGGAAUUGCAGAUUGGAGAGAGUAAAAGGCAAAGAAUUUUGUGUUCAACAUAUUAUAAAUACGGAAAUCAGCAAUGAAACGGACGAUGGUGGAAACAGAAUUAGAUGUCCUCUCGAUCCUAGUCACACGUGCGACAAAAAAAAUCUCUCCAAGCACAUGCGAAAAUGUAAUGCCAAAAAGUUGAUUCCUACUGAUGCAUGGUAUGUUCCUGAUAUUAACUGUGAUCCAUCUGAAAAUAAAGAUGGCAUUGUUGAAUAUUUGAGGGAUGUAUCCAUAUCUGAAUGUAAAAGUCUUAUUGAUAAACUAAAGAAGCUUGAACUUGAUGAUCCUAUCCUGCAUGAGAAUGAACAUCCAAUUCAUAAUGCUUUUGCUGUUGAUAUCAAGGACAUGGAAAACUCUGUCUCAGCUUUGAGGCAGAUAAGACAAAAUGCAAAUUUGCUUGGAUUAAUGGAAAGACAAGGACUACUUGUUUCCCCAGGUUGUUACAUUGAAUUUGGUGCAGGAAGGGGGCAGUUUUCUAUAUCUGUCAUUAAAACAAUUCCGAUCGAAAAACAAAGUUUGUGUUUGUUUGUUCUUGUUGACCGAGGUACAAAUCGUAGAAAAUUAGAUGCAAAGCAUCGCCAGAGCGGUGAUAAAAUGAUGAUUAAAAGAAUCCGGUCCGACAUUAAAGAUCUUUGUAUAUCCAACAUUGAGGAUCUUCCUUCACAUCCAUUGGUGGCAAUAAGCAAGCAUUUAUGUGGUGUGGCAACCGAUUUUGCAUUAAAAUGCAUUGUGCGAACUUCUCCAAAGUCCAAGUUUCAUGGUGGUGUUAUUGCUCUUUGCUGUCACCAUCGUGUUAUUUGGGACCAAUACUGCGGAAAAGAAUAUUUUAAACAUCUUGGAUUAAGUGCCAGAGAUUUUUCAAUCAUUUCACUGAUGUCUAGUUGGGCAGUUUGUCAUUUCAAACCAAGCACAUCAACGAAUCCAGUUCCGAAUAAUGUAAAUAAGCUAGAUUUUCUAUCAAAUGAGGAGAAGACAAAAGUAGGUUUGAUUUGCAAAAAUGUGAUUGACAGAGGCCGAGUUAGUUAUAUGAUACAAAAUGGAUAUGAUUGUGUUUUGAUCGAGUAUACUGAAAAAUCUGUUUCGCUUGAAAAUGUUGCUUUGGUUUUUAGUAAAAAAUAGCAUUAAAUUUAUUGUUCAUUGUGUAAUUAAUAACUGAUUAAAAGUUUUUAUUGUGGGUUAUUUACAAAAUUGGAGACUUUUGGUAUUAUAUAGGCAAUUGAGAAGUCAGGUCUGCCAACAUAAUCGUGAUAGGAAUAGCUUCAAUCAUAAUUCACUUUUCAAUUCCAUAUGUACUUUCUCCUUCCAUAGCUAGAUAUUCAAAGCAGUUUAGCGUGUAUUUUUGGAGAAGAAAUAUUUCUGAGCUUAUUCAUAUUAAAUUUAAUAAAUGAAUCUUUUUAAGAUUGAAAAUACAUUCCAUCAUAGGUGGCAUUUUGAGUGAGAAGGAUUCAGUACAAGCCACUCUAUAUUGAAUAUUUGCGACAUCACAAGUAACAGCAUUUCUAAAUAUGUAAAUGUUUUUAUGAAUCUGUUAUUUAUAACUCAGCUGUUUUUAGCAUCAAACUACAAUAGAUCAAAGCACUGGCACUGUUGUUUUAUUUCAUAAAACUAUUUUUAUAAUUGAGGUGAAACAACUGAAUUGUGAUACUUAUUUUUGGAAAG